CGCACCGGAGGCCGGAGGAGUCUUAGCCUAAUGUAAGAUGGUGGCCCGUCUGGCUGUGGAACCCACCGAAAGCUGAGAGUCUCUCUCUCAGCCGUAAAGGUCGGACUCGCUGAAGCAAUCAGGCCCGUUUCUGAAGAGUUUUUUCCCCGACACUCGUUCAGUGGUCUCUUGUGAGGACGCGGCAACGCGUGGAAUCGGAUAAGGGAAAAGCGAGGCAAGGCAGGCGGGUCUUCGAAGUUCUACAGUUUAGUUCCUAGCGCUGAACCUCCUUCUCCCUUAAAUUAUUAUAAACUUUUGCUGCUGUUUAAUAAACGUGAAGAUGUCUCGCAGUCCUGAUGUGAAGGAAGACCCUGUGGAAUGUCCUCUUUGCAUGGAGCCCUUGGAGAUAGAUGAUAUCAACUUUUUCCCUUGCACCUGUGGCUACCAGAUUUGCCGAUUUUGUUGGCAUCGAAUUCGCACUGAUGAAAAUGGGCUUUGUCCUGCAUGCAGAAAGCCAUAUCCAGAAGACCCAGCAGUUUAUAAACCACUCUCCCAGGAAGAACUGCAAAGGAUAAAGAAUGAGAAAAAACAGAAACAAAAUGAGAGAAAACAGAAAAUAUCAGAAAAUCGCAAACAUUUGGCUAGUGUACGUGUUGUACAAAAAAACCUCGUCUUUGUUGUAGGUCUGUCUCAGCGCCUAGCAGACCCAGAGGUUUUAAAACGACCAGAAUAUUUUGGGAAGUUUGGUAAAAUACAUAAAGUUGUCAUCAAUAAUAGCACAUCAUAUGCAGGCUCACAGGGUCCAAGCGCCAGUGCUUACGUAACCUAUAUCCGGUCGGAAGAUGCUCUCAGAGCCAUACAGUGUGUCAACAAUGUGGUGGUAGAUGGCAGAACACUUAAGGCAUCUCUAGGUACAACAAAAUACUGCAGUUACUUCUUAAAGAAUAUGCAGUGUCCAAAGCCUGACUGCAUGUACCUACAUGAAUUGGGGGACGAGGCGGCCAGCUUCACAAAAGAGGAAAUGCAGGCGGGUAAACACCAAGAAUAUGAACAGAAGCUACUUCAAGAAUUAUAUAAAUUAAACCCCAAUUUUCUUCAGCUGUCUACGGGUUCAGUUGAUAAGAAUAAGAACAAAGUGACACCACUGCAGAGGUAUGAUACCCCCAUUGACAAACCUUCCGAUUCUCUCAGCAUAGGGAAUGGUGAUAAUUCCCAGCAGAUAUCUAACAGUGAUACACCUUCACCACCACCUGGUUUAUCAAAAUCCAAUCCAGUCAUCCCCAUCAGUUCAUCCAAUCACAGUGCACGGUCUCCUUUUGAAGGGGCAGUAACUGAGUCACAGUCAUUAUUCUCAGACAAUUUUCGCCAUCCCAACCCUAUCCCAAGUGGGCUUCCUCCUUUCCCCAGUUCCCCACAGGCAUCCAGUGACUGGCCUACAGCACCAGAACCACAGAGCCUCUUCACAUCAGAAACAAUCCCAGUAUCGUCUUCUACAGACUGGCAAGCAGCAUUUGGCUUUGGUUCUUCUAAACAACCAGAGGAUGACUUGGGUUUUGAUCCCUUUGAUGUCACUCGAAAAGCCUUAGCAGACCUGAUUGAAAAGGAACUGUCAGUCCAAGACCAACCUUCCCUUUCGCCCACAUCUCUUCAGAACUCCUCUUCACACACUACAACCGCCAAAGGUCCGGGCUCUGGAUUCCUGCAUCCUGCUGCACCUGCAAAUGCCAACUCGAGUCUGAAUAGUACCUUUUCGGUCUUGCCACAGAGGUUCCCUCAAUUUCAGCAGCACCGAGCGGUUUAUAAUUCAUUCAGUUUUCCAGGCCAGGCAGCCCGCUAUCCUUGGAUGGCCUUUCCACGCAAUAGCAUCAUGCACUUGAACCACACAGCAAAUCCCACCUCAAAUAGUAAUUUCUUGGACUUGAAUCUCCCGCCACAGCACAACACAGGUCUGGGAGGGAUCCCUAUAGCAGUUUAUUUUAGUAGUUCUCACAAGUCAAGGGCUUUCAACUGUGAAUAUCAGUGCAAGUAAUGAAUUGAAGACUUUCAGAUUGUGUAUCUGCUGGCAACUGUUAUUACAGAUCCUGUAAGUUGUUAAAACAGCCUUGUGUUAAAUGUGGCCCAAUGACCUUGGAGUAACUUUAGUGGGGGGAAAUUGUAACCUUGCAGGUACUCUUAAUGUAGACUUAAAGUACAAAUGUCAGAACCAAAAUAAACAGUAAAACAGGUGGCAUUAAAUUUACCCAGCAUUUUUCUGCAGUGCCAAAGAGCAUUUAAGGAUCAACAUGCAUGACACCUAGACUGGUGAUAUCUCUAAUGUUACAGAAUGAAAAAAAUGCUUAUAGUAAUGGCACCAGGAUAUACUACACCCACACUAAAGGGGUGAUUUUAGGUUCAUCUUUGAAGAGCUACUAUAUGCUACACUAUGUAAAAUGAUAGCAUAUCUGCUGAUUUUUUUUUCAAUCAAGGAGGUUGUUGUUUUCAGCAUAAUGAAAAAGAGGGAAAGCUCCACAAGGAUUUAAAGAUGAUAAUACCAUCAUCAUCUCCAAGAAGAAAUGCAGGAAUGCUGACUGCAAUCAACUUUUGUAGCCUAGUGAUGUUUCCUAAUAUGGUGAGAUCUCUUCCCAAGGACUAUACUAGCGUUUAUACUCUGUUAUCAGUCUUGCGUACUGAAAUAAUGUGUCUACGGAGCAGAACAUAGUGAUCUGGAACAUUACUGGGAUGUUUUUAAACAUUGUCGUUUUAUAUGUUGGCAUUUGCAAGAAGACUGACACCCUGAAACCAUUCAUUUUUUUCCUUUACUACAUCUAUAAAUUGAGUAUUCAGCUUAAGGUAAAAGGAGGCCCUGGGUUAUGACUUCAUCAACAAAGUAGGAAGGUUUCUUAUUGGCCUUAAGCUGAGUGUUGGGCUACAUACCAUUGUUGCACUUAUGUUUUCUCUAUUAAAAUACGUUUUUAUAAAGUUUGUGAUUAUGGAUUACUGAUAUAUAUAUGCCCUAUUCCCUCAUCCCUCACUUAGGGUAUGAUUUGCUACCAGGUAUGGGUUUUUUUGGUUUGUUUUUUAUUUUUACAUCUAAACUAUUAACAUUCACUAAUUAACCUAACAGUGGCCUUCCCCAGUCCCAGAGUCACAAAUAAGAAUGACAUUUCUUGAGUCUUAGUGUAGUCAAUGCUGCAAAACCUCACCUGUAUUUUAAAUGGUAGGUGAUUGGAAUGAAGCUUAUUACUAAAGUAAGCAAAGAUCUUACAUAAUUUCCAAAUAAAUACCUACAGCCCUGCAACCUUAGUUUUAGAACAUGCUUUCAGGUUUUAAUUCCUGACUAGCUGGAGUCUUAUUCUGAUAGUUUGUACUCACCUCUCUAUCCAGUUUCUUUUUCUUUCUUUGGACAAACAAGAAAUUGUUUCUAUCUCUGUGUAACUUAACCACAAUUAGAGGGGGCGGUCUUGACUAGAUCUUAAUGUGCACUACCUGUGUGAUUACCCUACAGGAUCCCUGACAGGCCUGAAUUUUCCCAUUUCAAAGGAGAAGAAAGUGCUCUGUCAGGCUGCUGUUUACUCAGAGUCUCUGGUCAUUUACCUCCCAAUUUCCUUCUCAGUAUCUGGUCUUAUUUCCAAACUAGCUUUUGAUUUUAAAUGAUCAUAUUAUUUUUUUCUUCUCUCUUUUAAAUCAAAACAGCACAUUUAAGCAGAAAGCACAGUCUGGGUUUGGAGUAGAUUGAGUAACAAGUGUCAAAUUGGUAGACUUUUGACAUUGUAAGAUUGGUGUUAUUCACUUUCUCCUACUUCUAAGUUAUUCUAGCUCUUUAAAAAUACAUUCUAGACAAUACUACUAAAAUAAAGUGCUUCACAAAUAUGUGUGAUUUUUAAUAGAACUAAUUUUUUUUCAGUAAAAUGUUCUAGUUCAGUAUAAACCUGGAUGUGGUGAAAUAGGAAUUGUAGUUUCUAAUUUAUAUUUAAGAUUGUGUUCAUAUGAUCUUCCUUCCCUCGUUCCUUCCUGCUUUCCUUUCUUCUACACUGAUUGAGAUUUGGUUCUGUCAAGACCAUCUCUGGCAUUCUUUUGCAACUGAACUAUAAUAAAUCAUAGCGAAGGAUGAACACUUAAAUAAGUAUAUUUCAAAAAUGAUUUUUAAACUAAGGCCCCUUAGUGAACUGAUGGUAAGCAUAUAGCUCUUUAAAUUCAUCAGCAUAUAGGCCUUUUGAAAUGCUUUCCUCCACAGGAGUAUCAUCUUUUGUAGUUCUGGAAAGGAUGCAGUCUUAUGUUAAGUCUUUCUAAAUUGAAGCAUAAUUUGAAAAUUGGAGGCAAAAAGUUUCUGUAUUUUCCCCAGUAUAAGAAUAAAUAGUAAGGAGGAAGAAGAAGCAAAAUAGUCUUAUUUUUUCUUAAAUCAUACAUUUCACAUAGCUAAAAAAUAAGUAGAUUUCAAAUUUGCAUUCUUGUUUUGAAAAAUCAAAUGUUUAUUUAUAAAACAACCUCAAAACAAACUUUAACAAAUAUCUCUGGUUUGUGAAAAUAGUGAGGGAGAAAGAUGUAUGCUUGGUCAGUUGGGUUGGAAAUGUUUAUUACCAUGACUAUACCCAUAUCUAUGUUAUUUAGUUUCAGGAUAAUGAGGCAUUUACUUCGUUUCCUAAAAAUAAUCUUUUUUCUAAAAUUAAGAAACAAAGCAAAUGAUUAUUUUAAUGCCUAAAAAGAUACUUUCUAAAAAUAAAGCUCAGAGUUGGGUUAUGAAGAAUUUGUCAAUUAAAAUCAUGUUUCAGAGCAUGGAUAAUUUUAGUCUUCUUUUGGGGGGAGUUUUAUGUCUUUGAUAUAAACCCUUAAGAUAGGAGCCAUCUUUCAGAAAAAGAUGAGACUGAUCUUCACUGUCAAAAGUGAGCUGUGUAAUCAAAUGGAGUAAAAACUGGCUGUAUGUUUUUAAAUAACUUUUAGAAAAUUUAGAAAUCUUUUAGUUUGGAAAAUUAUGAACAUCAGAAACCUUAGGACUUUCAGUAGACAUAUAACCAUAUGGGGAUUUGCUGCAUAGGCAGCAAAAUACUUUGGUCUUAGUGCAAGUUCCUCUUCAGGCCUGGAGAGGAACUUAUACUCGCAUAAAAAUAUUUUAUUGGCACUAAACGAUCAAAAGCUAUCACUGCUUUGUUCUGAAUAGCCAAACUCCAGGGAUCCGUUGAAGAAAUACAAAACAAGCAGAGCAGCAAGACUUCUAGGAAGCUGCUGUAAAACGCUAUAGCAUCAAGCCCCAGAGAAAAUAAUAGAGUAGAUAUUCGAUAAAUGUUUGUUGAAUGAAAACUCAUGGCUGAGAGAGUAAUGUUAGUGUCUGAUUAUUAUUUCUGGAGGUCUGCAAAGCCUGGAUCUAGAUCUGCUUUGUGUUAAAUCUGGACUUCUGGAGACCUUAAUUAGAUUCGUUUCCACAUGAAUUAUCUCACCUCUUGGUUGAACUGUGGCCUUCAGUUCAGUGUUAAGAUUCCCCUCACCACUCUAUGAUCAGUCCUUCUCUUCUGUCUUUACCUCUGAACUCUGGAAAUUCAGCUCUUGACUGAUCCUUAUUUUCCCAAGGAUCACACACUGCUCCCUCCCUUCACACACACAAACUUUAAAAAAUUUCACCUAACCAAUACUUUUCUUACCUCCAAUUUCUCAUUUGUGAUACUCACAAAUAUAUAUAUAUACACACACAUAUAUACACAUACAUAUACAUACAUAUGUAUACACACAAUUCAGAAAGUCUUUCUAAAUAAAUACCUUAUUUUCCAGAACUCUCUGUGUGGGUAAUGAAGAGCUGUUUGGGGAACUUAAUACUUUCCUAAGUAGGGAGCUCUCUUUAGGGAACUUAUAAUUGUUAAAGAAUUUUUUCUCUUGGCUAAACCAAAGUCUUUUUCCCAUUUAUACUUCUUGUCAAAUAUGUGAAGGCAGUUUCCGCUUGUCUAGUAACUACUAGACCUCAAUGAAACAAACUUAGUCCUUUUAACCUUUUCACACCUAACAUGGUUUCUAGUUCUCUCUGUAGCCCACUUCUCCUCUACACAUAUUUUGGCAUGACAAUGAAUGCCUUUUUUUUUUAAAUUUUAUAUGUUUAUUUUUGGCUGCGUUGGGUCUUCAUGGCUGCAUGCGGGCUUCUUCUAGUUGUGACCAGGGGCUACUCUUCGUUUAGAUGCGCAUACUUCUCAUUGCGGUGGCUUCUCGUUGCGGAGCACAGGCUCUAGGUGUGCGGGCUUCAGUAGUUGUGGUGCACGGGCUCAGUAGUUGUGGCACACAGGCUUAGUUGCUCCACGGCAUGUGGGAUCUCCCCGGACCAGGGCUCAAACCCGUGUCCCCUGCAAUGGCAGGCAGAUUCUUAACCACUGCACAACCAGGGAAGUCCCUGAAUGCCUUUCUUAAAAUAUGAAGCUCACACUUUAAUAAUCCAGACGUGAUUAGGUAAUCUCCUUUUUCAUUAACACUGUUCUUAUUACUAAAGUUCGUAUAUUCCUUUAGAGGUUACAGAGUCUUUUUAUAAAAAUAUCCUGUGGGGGGCUUCCCUGGUGGCGCAGUGGUGAGAGUCCGCCUGCCGAUGCAGGGGACACGGGUUCGUGCCCCGGUCUGGGAAGAUCCCACGUGCCAGGGAGCGGCUGGGCCCGUGAGCCAUGGCCGCUGAGGCUGCGCGUCCGGAGCCUGUGCUCUGCCGCAAUGGGAGAGGCCACAACAGUGAGAGGCCCGCGUACCGCAAAAAAAAAAAAAAAUCCUGUGGGGUUAUUAUCCCUAUUUUGUAAAUGAGAAAACUGAGGCUCAGAGUGAUUAUCAUUUGUGAUUUGCUCAAUGUCAUACCAUUGCUAAUUUAGACACUUUAAUGUUACCUAUUUAGAAGAUCCAUUACCCAAUUGUUAUAUCAAAUGAUAUAAGUGAAACCACUAAACCUUUUUUCAUAGACAUGACUGGUUAGAUCUCUUCCAUCCUACACUUUGCUAAUGAAUUUUUAAAAAUCUGAAUGUAUACAUGUUAAAUUUUAUGUGUUUGGAUUUGGUGUAGUUAGAGUGUAUCCUGUUGUAUAUCACCAUCUUACAAGUUUAUCAUAUGAAAAACUACAUGAUUAUAAAGUGAUAGAUAAAUGUUAUUAGUAACAGUAAUAACAUUUGUGUGAAGAUUUUAAGAAUUUUAAUUUAAGAAUAGGUAUAAUUUUAAUUAUUGAUUCUGUCCUCUCUAGAAUUAGUUUUCUGUUUGCAUAUUUAAAUAAACUUUGUAGGUUUUGUUAAAUAUAAUAUAAAGCAUGGAGUCAAAGAUAAGCCAAGCACUAUCUCAGGAACUUUCAGGCUAACACACAGUAUCUUAAAUUCUGUGACAGUUCAUCUAAACACUGCUGUCAUCCAUGCUGUACUUUACUAUCAUAUACCAAAAUGUUACCACUAGAAAACUUUCCAAAAACUGCUGAAUUCAACAUCUGUUGUAGUUAUGACAAUCCUAGAAAGCCUGUCCAAAGGAUAAAUUACUUUGAUAUGGUUGGUUCUUUAUGGAAAUGCAUUUUGGCUUUCAUUGAUCACUCUAUUCCAUUUGUUUUAUGGGAUUGAUGUGUCAGUGGGUUGGAAGUGGAGUUUAGCUGCAAAGUUUUUGAGUUUGGGCAGGCAAUAGAAGAAGAAAGGAAAUGGACCAUAGCAUUUAGAAGGAGGACAUUUCCAGUAGAAAACAGUUGUCAGUAGAAGCUGCCUCCAUGACUGCUGUUCCACCUCAAAGUUGAACUUCCUGUGUAUUUCAUUUGGAAAGGAGCUGAGGUUUUAGCCAAAAUGCUACAUAUUAUUUCUCACAAAAAAUGCCUGCAAACGUAAGCAGUAGAGCAGUGCUUGCUAAGCCUAUCAUAUUCAUUUCUAAAGAAAUCCAGCUUCUAAUCUGUUUCCGAAUUUUCCCAAGAACUCAUUUUAUAUUAAUGAUGUAGCUUCUAGAGUCUGCCUUUUCUUCCUUUCCCAGCACUUCUCUUUCUUUUUUUCUUGGCUGCGUCGGGUCUUCAUUGCUGUGCAUGAGCUCUUUCUAGUUGCGGUGAGCAGGCUUCUCAUUGUGGUGGCUUCUCUUGUUGCACAGCACAGGAUCUAGGCACGCGGGCUCAGUAGUUGUGGCAUGUGGGCCCUAGAGCGCUCAGGCUUCAGUAGUUGUGGCACAGGGACUUAGGUGCUCCGCGGCAUGUGGGAUCUUCCAGGACCAGGGAUCGUACCCGUGUCCCCUGCAAUGGCAGGUGGAUUCUUAACCACUGCACCACCAGGGAAGUCCCGGAACUUCUCUUAACAGUGGUUUUGUGAUGACAUCUGUGAGGAUUAACACCCUGGAAUAGAAUCCAUUUUGCACCUGGAAAUUUUAAACUUAUUUAAAUUGAAUAGAUGUUCUUUUACUGUCUUUGCAUCUCUUCUGACUUACAGUUCUCUCUCCACAUUGCUUAAUCUGUCCUUUCUGGUUUGAGGAUCAUGC